AUCCAGCAGCCAGCGCUCCGCAGCCGCGGCUUCCUGGAAAGGGAGCGCGGCGGGGCGGCAGGCGGCGGCGAUAAGGGGCGGCUAUCGGGGCCCCGGCGGGCCCGGCCCCCCGCGCCGCCCCGGCCCCCCGCGCCGCCCCGGCCCCCCGCCCGCCCAGCCCCGCGGAGCCGCCGCGGCCGCAGGGGGCGCGGUUUUGUGAAGAGACUCGAUCCUAUUCUGCAAGAGUGGUCUCAAUUAUAAUUGGCUCAUAGAAGCCUUCAAAGAAGUGAUUUAGAGUCCUUUCACACCUGCUAAAUGCAAAGGAGACACGGAGCCAAAUCCUCAACUUCUGUAAAUAGAUUGAUUUGAAUAGAAUUACAGCAGUUGAUAUGAACUGAGGAUCUGGCCUGCUCUCUGUGGAUACUUGUAAGCCGAUAGACUUACUGACUGGCAACCAUGUCGGUCAAACUCACGUUUGUCUCUCCUGGAGAUGGGGGUGGUAUCAGCAGGAGUUGUUCCUUUACUGGAUUCAGCACUGUGCAAAGCAGAAAACUAGCAAAGUGUCUCAGCAGAAGUUCAGUGAGAUCAAGAAUGUCACUGAAAUCCCCCAAGGCUUAUAAUUCCCUGCAGAAGGGGGCAGUCGUCUGGGAUCCAAAGCCACUGCAGGUGAAGAAAAUUUUUGAAGUUUUGAAGAAAGGACUUAAUGAAUACUUGGAAGCCCAUCAGGCUGAGUUGGAUUAUCUCUCUGGUCGACACAAAGAUACAAAAAGGAACUCCAGAUUGGCUUUCUACUAUGACCUGGAUAAGCAAAUCCGCUCUGUGGAGAGAUACAUCAGAAAACUGGAGUUUCACAUAAGCAAGGUAGAAGAACUUUAUGAAGCUUACUGCAUCCAGUGCAGACUACGAGAUGGGGCCACUAAUAUGAAACAUGCCUUUUCCUUGUCCCCUUCCACCAAAGCCUCCAGAGAGAGCCUAGUGGAGCUUUGCAAGAACUUCCAAGAGUGCACAGAGGUAGACAUGUGCUUUAUAGAAGGGGCGUUGGAGGUCCAUUUGGGAGAGUUUCACUUGAAGAUGAAAGGCUUGGUGGGCUUUGCACGUCUCUGCCCGGGGGACCAGUAUGAGGUGUUUGUGAGACUGGGGCGCCAAAAAUGGAGGUUGAAAGGCAAGAUUGAGACCGAUGACAGCCAAACGUGGGAUGAGGAAGAAAAGAUUUUUAUACCCAAUCUCCAUGAGAAGUUUGAAAUCAAGGUGACAGAGCUGCGAGGACUGGCCACUAUUCUAGUUGGUGUUGUGACAUGCGACAGCAUAAACUUCUUUACAACCAAGCCUCAGGCAAUCAUUGUGGAUAUAACUGAACUGGGCACCAUCAAGCUACAGCUGGAGGUCCUCUGGAACCCCUUUGACACAGGGAACCUGUUUUUGUCACCUGGAACGACUGCCAAGUUUUCUGUGGGUAGCAGGAAGAGCUCGUUAUACAGCUGGACCCCACCAAAUACUCCCAGCUUCAGAGAGAAGUACUACCUGUCUGUUUUGCAACAAAGGCAGAACCAAGGGGAUGUAAGUGAUGAAGCUCAGCCUCCCAGCAUAUUGAGCUACUUGGCUGCCUGUGACUUUGAUGUACAUGGGAGGAACAAGCCUCACAAUCCUGCAGAGACAAGUGAGGCAGACUCGUUCAGCUCUGAGGACCAGAAAGGGACAGAAUCCAGAAAUACAACUCCAGCUCUAGACCAUAGGAUGUUGCCAUUGGUGAUUAUUCAAGACACUUGUGCAGAAGAGCAACAGCAUCCUCUUCCAAAUCACACAACUCUAGAUAUCCUGAAGAAGACUCCGUGUGUGGAUGAAUUUCCAAGUAACCCAUCCAGUGUUCUGAGUAGUCACCAAGGUAGAGAUCCUUUCAACCAGACCAGAAAUCGCCGUCUGGCAGAGCAAGAAGACAUUAGCCAGAAAAGCUUGAAUGCUGCAAAUGACCUAAAACUAGAUGGACGUACAAAGUCAAUUGAUAAGACUCUCCAAGAAGUGUUAAAUUUGCUGAAAUCACGUGAUGUGAGGCAAGCCCGACUGGAGAAACUGGAAUAUCAGGUUUCAUCUCUGAGGGAUAAAUUAAAGCUGAAGACACUUCAUCGCAGACAUUCAUCUAUGGAAAGUUUAAUGGUAGAGACAGUACUGGAAAGUUUUGACUUUUUAAAUGCUGACUGUAGUGCUGAUGAGCUUUCGUUAUUUGGAAGCGUAAGAACCACCAGUACCAGCACGUACAAUGACAACACGCUUCAGUCCCUCAGCUGUGACACGAGAACAGAAACAAGAGAUGUAACUACUGGUGAUGACAGCUUAGACACACUUUUGAUAACUCAUCUGAAACUGUGCAAAGGUCUUUUGCAGAAACUGAGGUCACCAAAUGUAGCCCAGGUCGUCCAGAAGAGCAUUUUGGAAGAAGUAUCAGAGCAGACGCGAGUCCUGGGGGAUGUCUUGAAUAUGUCUGCUGAAGAAAUUAUUCAGAAGGCUAAAAAGAAGAAGCACUAUCUGAAAAUCUGGAGUGAUCUUGCAGAGCCUGGCAGCAUCUUGUUUGCUUCAGCAGAAAGAUUCCGUCGUGCAAUAAAAUACACACUGACGCUCAAAGUGAAGGAAAAAUACCCCGGUCAGUUAGAAGCAGUAUUGCAGAGGUUGCUAGAGCAGAUCAUCACCUGUGACGGGUUGCUCCCCUCUCUGUACCCCCAAACGGAACCGAUUACUUUAUUCCAAUUUUAUAGCUACCUGGAGAAACACCCCAUGGCCAGCCUCGAGAAACACGCCGGGAAACUCGCUAAAGAAGUAAUGCUAAUUGAGGAGCUACAAUGCCCCGGACGGCUGAAGACUCUUAAAAAGCUGAGAGGAAAGCGACUGAACAAACUCCAGCCUCUGCCACAGACUUUACGGCUCCUUGGGGUUUUACAGCUAGACGACAACCACCGUGUCAGCAAAGCAGCCACAUCCUGCCUCUCUCGGGCAGCAGCAAACAAGAGCUUUAGGGAAAAGGCUCUCCUUUUUUACACCGACGUUUUAGCUGACUGUGAUGCAACGCUUCAGCAGGCUGCGUGUUUGGCUCUUAAGAACCUCAGGGGUGUUGAGAGCAUCGAGCAGGUUGCCCACCUGUGCCAGUCUGAAAGAGAGGAAGUCAGGAAUGCAGCCAGGGAGACAACGCUAUCCUUCGGUGAAAAGGGGCGGCAAGCCUUUGAGAAAAUGGACAGGAUUUGCUGUGAAUUAAGAGAAACUGUACAACAAGAGGCUGAAAUUGAAAUCACAGUGUUUUAGUAGUGGCAUACGAGCAGCUGAAUCGCAUCGUCCUCGCAGCCGUGUGUGGGUCCCUGAGGAUGUUUUGCUGUAGACGCGCUGCGCGCUGACGGAGGGCAGGCUGGUUUCCGACGGGGGGUGCAGUCCGCGCUGCUCAGGCUGGAGCACAGUGUCUGUCUCUCAGCACAUGAUGAAAUAUCUCUUAGAAUGUGGAACCAGGUUGUCACUGGAGUUAAUCCCCAUCUCACUGGAAUCACCUGCCCCUGCUCAAACUGUAAUUCAAAUAUGAUUGGUUUGCCCAUAAAGUAUUUUAUUAAUUUGGUAUUUCUUGGAGAGAAAUGACGUCUCCAGCAGUCCGGCUAGAAACUAGCAGCCAACAGACCAUUUACAUCAAACACCACACACACACAUCAGCAAGAACCGCGCAGCGUUGCUUGGUUUCCUUUUCUUGUACAGUUUAGGUGCGGAAGGAAAGCUUGUUACUGCAAAAGCCCAUUUCUUCAUAAUCACUGCAACUUAGGACAGGUUCAAGCAGGGCCUGACAAGGCUCAGUACAGGGUGUAUCUCCUCAGCAGUUUACAACAGGAAGGUACGUAGCGCAUUUGCCAGGCGCAGGUCUGACUGACAUAGGGCCAGCUCUGAGCAAGGCGUGUUUUGUUUUGUUUGGUGUUUUUUUUUUUUAAAAUUUAUUCAUUUAGUCAUAGAUCAAGACUUGGCCUAAUCAUACAGCCAGUGGCAGGCUCCCUGCUCACUUAAUAGCUGCUCAGUGGAGGGGCGCUGUGCCGAGAAGCCUGGCUUCAGGUAAAAUACUUGAAAGGGUUGGGCUUGUGUGUGUAUAUGUGUAUAGGGUUUUUUUAUAUUACUUUUCUAUGCCAUAUUUAUUUGUUGGAUUUCAUACUGUUUUCUAAAAUUUUAAUAAAACAUUUGAGACACGUU